AAUUUGGCAUGGAGUAAAAUGAGAACAAGAGGCAUGUGAACUGCAUUGUCAGUGCAGAUGAGCAUCGAAAAUAUAUGCGUAUUUUGCAGUUGGAGAAGGUUUGAGCGCGCUUUUGGAUGCACUGAAUGAAAAUCUCAACGUUGAACUGGGUCAGGUGGUAGAAUGCAUCGAGUAUGAUUGUGAAGGAGUGGCAGUAACAAGCUCCGAUGGUGAAGAGAAAACAGUUUAUCAUGCAGAUGCUUGCUUGUGCACCAUUCCGCUUGGUGUACUGAAAAGAUCUGCACAGAACAAAGACAAAGCCCCGAGAUUUGAUCCUGCGUUGCCGCAGUGGAAAGUUGAUGCCAUUAAUUCGAUGGGUUUUGGACUGGUGAAUAAGGUGGUCCUUGUCUUCGAGAAGCCGUUUUGGGAGAAUGUUUCUUUGUUUGGAUAUAUUCCCGAAACAGUGGAUAAAGCGAAUCGUGGUGAGAUGUUUCGGUUUCAUGCGCUCGCUGAUAAGCCGGUGUUGAUUGGGCUGGUUUCGGGUGAAGCAGCAUUUGCUCUAGAAGCAGUGCCCGAUGAGGUCACCACUGCAAAGGCGAUGAGCUUCCUGUUCAACAUCUUCGGCCCGGCUUGCCCUCCAAAACCUCUAGAUGUGCAUAUAACACGUUGGAAUAUGGACAAUUUUACCUAUGGCGCUUUCAGCUUCGUUCCUCCAGGCUGCGAUGCAGGAACUUACGAAACACUUGCAAAGCCUUUGAAAGACAGUAAUGGAUGCGAACGCAUUUUCUUCGCCGGAGAACAUACCAAU